AUGGACCAGCUCGUCAAUUUCAUCAUCCGCCCGCCCAGAGCUGACUACAGUCCAAAUGAUGAUCUAUUAGAGCAGGAGUUUAUGCUGAAGGGAAGAUGGUUCCUGAGGAAGGAUUUGGAGGUAAAAAAUGGCCAGGGCAAAACGUUGCAGUGUAGUCACUACAUGCCUGUUGUGAUUCCUGAAGGAAAAGCUCUUCCUUGUGUCAUAUAUUGUCAUGGAAACAGUGGGUGCAGAGCUGAUGCUAGUGAAGCCGCUAUUAUUCUUCUACCGUCAAACAUUACAGUCUUUACACUGGACUUUUCAGGGUCUGGACUCUCUGAAGGAGAGCAUGUCACCUUAGGCUGGAAUGAAAGAGAAGAUCUGAAAGCUGUGGUUAACUAUUUGCGAACAGAUGGGAAUGUAUCUUGCAUUGGUUUGUGGGGUCGCUCAAUGGGUGCGGUCACAAGUCUAAUGUAUGGAGCGGAGGAUCCGUCAAUUGCAGGAAUGGUUCUUGAUAGCCCAUUUUCCAACUUGGUUGACUUAAUGAUGGAGCUAGUGGACACCUACAAAUAUCCACUGCCAAAAUUCACUGUCAAACUUGCAAUACAGCAUAUGCGAAAGAUUGUCAAGAAGAAAGCUAGUUUUGACAUCAUGGAUCUUGAUACCAUUCAGGUAGCAAAACGAUGUUUUGUUCCUGCUUUGUUUGGACAUGCAACUGAGGAUGAUUUUAUACUUCCCCAUCAUUCAGACAAGAUAUAUGAAUCAUAUAUUGGUGACAAAAACAUUAUAAAAUUUGAUGGUGACCACAAUUCACCACGUCCUCAAUUUUACUUUGACUCAAUCACUAUAUUUUUCCAUAAUGUGCUAAACCCUCCUGAAGUGGCAGAGGAUCAUUAUUUCCUGACACCACAUGGUGGCCUUGGUCAGGGUCAUUGGGAUACAGAACAUGACAUAGAGUAUAGGUUCUCUCAAUCACCUACAGGCACAGCCCAUGCGACUACGACCGAAGAUGCCAUUGCACAGUUGCGUUCUAGAAGGCUCAUGAGUAGAAUGGAGGUCCCAUCUGGUGCCACCACUGAAGACAGGGCUGAUCGAACUGAGGGUUUGGAUAGUGAUCUUGGUCCCUCCUCAUCUAGUGUAUCAACAGCAACUCCUCCCAAUGGUCGCAACGGAAGGCUGCUGACUCCAACCUCUGAUGAUGGCGAGUAUGUGGAGUACUCAUUUGAUAGCAUGUCAGAUAUGCCUUACAACGUGGAAGAUGAAGAUAGAAUGCUGAUGCAAGCAAUUCUUGAAUCACUGAAAGACUAUGAACAGUCAAAUACAAAAAAUGUGCAAUCCACUGCAUCUGAUGCUGCACCUAAAGAGAACGAUACUGUAAAAGACUGCAAUGGUGUGGCUGCAGCAGCAUCGGAGCAAGAUGCAUCCUCUGUGUCAUUUGAUGCUCCUGGCAAGCAUACGAAUGUCUGCAACAGUGGAGAAAAAGUCAGUGAAGGGCAAAGUACAGAUUGCGACGCUGUAAAGAACAGUGCUUCAGUCUCUGCUUCUGGUUCUUCAGAGCCCCUGGCAUCAACUCAGAUGACCAAUGGAAAACCUGCUUCGGCAGAAUCCCAGAAAGUGACUCAGAAUGCCAAUGGAGAGGACGGCACAAGGGCAACUUUGGUAGCUCAGAAGAGCCGGACGGGCGGCCUGAUAGAUGGCUUGACACAAAAAUGGGGUUCUUUCUUCAAGAACAACGACUAA